AAGAAGUGGGCGGUGUUAGUUGAGGGGGCGGGGCCGGAGAGGAAGCAGGACAGUGUGGCAGGUCCGGGAGAAGAGGGACAUGGAUCCGGCGCUGUGGGGCUCGGCGGUGCUGGUGGCGGGGAUCGUACUACAGUGUGAGGCGCUGCGGGCGGUGAGCGGGAAGCUGUUGCGGGAUGGGCUGCCCCGGGAACUGGUCCUUGAACUCAUCUCUACCUUCCAGCUGUGCUGUUGUGUCCGGGAACAAGCGCUGCUGGGAUGGGAGGGGGCGCUGAGCCCACACCUGGGCCUGACCCUCACCUUCCUGCUCUGCCUCCUGCAUGGACUGACUGCCCGGGCCGUGUGUAACCCCAGCGGGAGUCUGGAGCGCUACGUGCGGGGACAAGAGGGAGCCCUCCGGUCCUGCCUGCGGCUCUGCGCUCAGUUCCUGGGAGCCUGGAUGUCCCGCCUCUCAAUGCCCUCCUAUUGGCUCCUCGGCCUCUCCCCCCUGCACUCGCCCCGAGCUUCUCUCUGUCUCCGGAGCCCCCUGCACGUGACCCUCCUGCCCGGGGCCGGCGUGGAAAUGCUCUGCUCCCUGGGGAUGUUCUGCCUCCUCCAGCAACUGCCCCGACUCCCUCCUCCUCUCCGGAUCCACUCGGCUGCUCUCGCCAUCACUGGCCUCGUCUGGCUCGGAGGGAGUCUCACUGGAGCCGUCUUCAACCCGGCAUUGGCCUAUUCACUUCUGUUCCACUGUGAGGGCAACACCUUCCCUGAAUAUGUCUUUGUUUACUGGCUCGGACCUGUCGUUGGGAUGCUCCUCUCUGUGCUACUGUGUGACACAUCAGUUCCUGUACUUGAGAGAAAGACCCGGAAAGAAAAUAUUACGACUGGGUCACCCAAAAAAACCAACUGAGAAUCCAAGAAUGGACCCAGGCGGCUCCUGUUGCCAAUGAGUGAGACUCCAGCUCCGAAAUAGUCACUGUACCAAUGGGGAGGCUUUUCUGGACUGGAUUUAGGACUGACUCUUUUUUUAUUGGGGCAAAAUGAAUGUAACUGCAUUUUUUAAAUUUUGACUGUUUUUUUUUUUUUUUUUUAUAGAAAAUCUUGUACCUACUUUUGGUAUGGAAGCCUAUGCAACCCAGUGGUGCUGGCUGAGGAUGCUGGGAGUUGUGGAUUGACAAUCAAGGCCCUAUUACAAUGUAGGAGAGGAACAUUAACUCUGUUGCAGACACCUCUGUUCCUGGGAAGGGUUAACUUGGAGUGAGAGAGACCUUAAAUCCCUGGGUAUUACUGAGCCAGCUUAGUCCUCUCAUCCCCUCUCUGCAGACUUGAACACUAUUUAGUGACUUCUCCCUGUCAGCGUAGGACACACAAGUAGAUACACAGCCCAUUCAGCACAAUGGAGUAGAAGUGGAAGGCAGAAGCUGCAAGUGGCUUUAAUACCCUUAGAAGAAGCACAAGGUAUUCUGAGUGGAGGAGGGAGAGAAUAUGGGCGGGGAUAUAGAAACUUGAUAGGUCUCCUCUUAAGUGGGUGGGGCAUAAAUACACUAGUGCUUUUCUCCUUUAAGAUCAUUUUUUUAAAAUAUUUUUGGAUUUUUUAAUACCUGGAAUAUAAAGGACUCAAUUAACAAUAUGCUGCUAAUCGGUGUAAUCGCAGCUCCGGAAAGGUGCUCUGUGGUCUGGCCGUGUCCGGUUCUGGUGAUGAGCUGGUUAAACUGAAUGUAUUUUUUUUUACAUUUUUAAUGUUUUCCGAUUCUGUGCAGCGGUACAGUACUUGAAUUUUAUAAUGAACGUUUACUGUCCGUACAGAUGGAGCAUCUCUUGUUCCUGCAGAGGGUGAAAACUGUUCCGAAGUUGUGGACCAGUCACUGUUUCCUACUUGUCAGUUGAUAAAUCCAGUUUGGCCCCAUGUGCAGCUCUAGGAGAAACGCUAAUCACAUGACUGUGAAACCCCAGCGCAGCGACCUGUUCGGCCCAGGGGAAGGCCAGGUAGUGUAGCAAAAGCAAGAAGCGUCUCCUGGUGUUUCUCUGCUCAAUUCUGUUGCUAUUGUCACAUUGAUUGAUAGAUGUGAGCAGGAAAGUGGCCAGAGCUCCUUACAUGCACAGUUUCAGAAGCAGUAAGCACGAGCAAUGGAAAAUGCAAACUCAAAAAAAAAAAAAAGCCAUUCAGCUUUUCUUAUUACCAGGGCCAAUGACCUUAGCAACAGGAAAAGCAUGUUAAAGGGGUUGUUUACCCUUGCUUUGACUUUUAGCAUGUUAUAGAGUGGGAUAUUCUAAGAGAAUUUGCAAUUGGUUUUCAUUUUUUAUUAUUUGUGGUUUUUGACUUAUUUAGCUUUUUAUUCAACGGCUCUCCAAUUUGCAAUUUCAGCAAUCUGGUUGCUAGGAUCCAAAUGACCCUAGCAACCAUGCAUUGAUUUGAAUAAGAUAUUGGAAUAUGAAUAGGAGAGACCUGAAUAGAAAGAUGAGUAAUAAAAAGUAGCAAUAACAAUACUUGUGUAGCCUUGCAGACAAUUUGUUCUUUUAGAUUGGGUCAGUGACCCCCGUGUAAAAAGUAACAAAAACAAUUUGUAGCCUUACUGAGCAUUUCUUUUCUAGAUGGGGUGUUCCCCCCCUGGAUAGAGUCAGAAGAAGAAAGCAAAUAAUUAAAAAACUGUAACAAAUUAAAAAUGAAGACCAAUUGAAAAGUUGCUUAGAAUUAGCCAUUCUAUAAUAUACUAAACGUUUACUUAAAGGUGAACCACCCCUUUAAGACACUUGUUGUUUUUCUGCUAGCAGUGCUCUGUGUGUCAGGAGCCUAAUAGUUAAUUUAAAGGCAACCUGUCCCAUUCAUGGAGAUAAGACAGAAGAGUUAGAUUCUAUAGGAGAGGGACAUUUCCUAUACAGGUACUUUACCCCUGGGAAUUGUAAUGUUUCCUUUGAUGGGGUAUGUGAGCCGACAAUAUAAUUCAUUUGUUUAUGUUUUAUUUGGUUUCAUAUUGCCUUUAACAUUUCUGGUUUCAUGCAAAUUCUUACUAAAGGCAAUGUGAAUGGGUUUUUAUUGGUUUAUAGGAAUGUUGAAUGAUUGUAGCAAAUUACAUUUGGGAGUCAGUGGGAUGACCCCUCCUUUCCUGGCACCAAUAAAUCUGAUUUCAUAGGGGGAAUAAA